CGCCGCCAGAUUACCCGCUGCCCAAAAAAACCAAAGCCAAAAACAAUACCAAGUCAACAACUAACUUAUCAUGUAGCUGAUCAUCUCCUUGAUUGAAAAGCACUUGGUCGAUUCCCUCUCUCUCUUCGAACUUGCAGAAAAAAAGAGAGAAACAAACAGAAAAAAAAAAAAAAAAAAAAAAAAAAAAAAAAAAAAAAAAAAGAACAGAACUAACUAGUGACUGGCUUACUUGUCUCUUGUUCAUUUCAAUUUAUACUACUACUUCUACAGACCAGACAACAAAGCGAACAGGGUGGUCAAAUUAGAAAGGGGGCCGCCGUGCAUACCAACAAUCCCUCCCCCAAGGCCCGAGAAACGCCCAACGAGCGUUGAUUUGCUCCAACCACAUUCUACGCUAUCUUUCCCUAGUCUUUUCCACUACUGCAACGCAACAAACAGACCAGGGCGGUCGCCCCCCCGUCAAUCCGUGCCAUGUUCACCACGUCGACUGUCACAACUACGCCCACCCACCCGGAUACCGGUCCUCACACGCCCACGACCUCGUCCUUAUCGCACCUGUUCUCGUCCCCUCCACCCCCUCCACCUCCCGCAGUCUCCGUCUCGCCCCCAGAGCAUUCACCACCUCGACAAAUCAAGUCGAAAUCAUCCCUGCGAAGUCUACGGAGUCUCGGGAGUAGCCUUCACGACGACGACCUUGACGACUAUCAAGAACAUCCCGGUUCAGACAAAUCCCUUAUUCGCCCAUCUAUUCUGCGUCGCUUGUCUCCUGGAUUAGCAGCUCGCGUCAAAUUGUUAGAUGGGAGCAAUAAGUCUACGACUGCUACCCGCAGCCCAGGUGCUGUAGGUCGGAUACCCCAGGAGCACAUCAAGGAGUUAGACAACCUUCACAAAGACCUGUCGAUCAAGAUCGAAAAGAGAGGCCGGUCGUGGAAUGCGGUUCAUUUUGGCGGUAGAGGCAAACGACCACAACAGAGGGUGUCGAACCACUUAGAAGUUCACGACUCGGACGGAGAAGUGGCUUCGCCAGUGGGAUCAGAACCGGUGGAACCUGCCCGAGAUAGUUCCACGUCGGUCACCCAUCGAAACCCUGUCGAAGAGCCUGCAGAACACCUCGACGAAUACCCUGUCCAAUACCCCAUCGAAGGCGACAUCGAACACCCUGCCCAACUUCCUAUCGAAGACCCCAUUGACGACCGCAUCGAAUACUCUGACCAAUCCCCGGUCCAAGAUCACAUCGAAGAUUCUGUCAGAGAAAGCCCUGUGGAUCAAACGUCAGACACGAGCCCAGCGGAAGACGUGCAGGGCCUAGAACAAGCUCCAGUGGAAGAAGGCCCAGUGGUCAUGGCUGCCGUUGCGUCCCGUCCAGCGCCAGUCGAAUCAUAUACGCAAGAUCAACAUGAGCAGACGGAUUUCGAGAAGUACCUGCAAAGUACCAGUGAUAAUGAAGCAGAGCGCCCCCCUCCCCCUCCACCUAAGGACUCGCCGCGUCCACCGUCGGCCAACUCAUCAAACGUACAAUCCUUCUUCAAUCCCCAUGGCCUACAGCGCGCCGACUCCAUAUACUCUUUCUCUCGUGCUUCCUUCAGCCACCAGCUAACCCAGCUCACCUCCAUCCCGCUGCCCCAACCGUCAACCCUAGAAGCCAGCAUUGCCGCGAUCCCAACCGCCUCGUCCGCCGUCAAAGCCCUCACAGGAUCUGCAGAGCAAAUCCAGAUAUGGAUCAAGAAGGCGUCCGAUGUGUUAAGUGGUCUGGAUGCGGAGGACGAAGUAGAGUGGGCGGCGGCAGGAGGGCGAGAGGGGUUAGACGGGAUCGAUAAGGCAAUCACACGGUUCGAGGGUCUGAUGAACGUUUAUGUGAAAGCCAUUGAACGCGUCCAACUUCGAGACGACAUCGGCGACGUGACUGCGGACAGCCUGAAGACGAUCGUGAUUCAGAUGGAUAGCAUACUGCAGAGCUGGGCAGACAUCAAAAACCGGCUAAGAAAUGUCAAGGAACAAGUGGAGUUGGCCAUGGAAUGGGAGGAGCUUUGGAAUACCGUUUUGGGAGAUGUUGGCGCCGAGGUAGAGAACCUGAGCCGACUACUCUUCGAAAUCGAAGAGAAGCGACAUAGCAACCUGGCGGCGAAUGCAUGGUCCGUCGACCAGGAGCCGAGUAACUCUGGUCUCGAUAUUAGCGAGUUGGAGACGAUCGUCGAGGAAACUCCAAGCAACGGCGGCAGCAACCGACACAGUAUUCUUUUCGACGCGCCGCCGACCCUGGACACCCCACUCAUUCAGACUCCCCAAGAUGACUCGGAGCAUGCGGAUCUCAUCGCUGUAUUUGCCCGAAUACAACCCUUGCGAGCAUCGCUAGCGUUCUUGCCCAUGCGGUUGUCCAUGUUCCAGUGCCGAGCUGAAAGGGUCUUCCCGAGCGCCUGUGCAGUGAUAGAGGAGCGCCGAAAAAGGCUAGAGAAGAGCUACAAGGCCAUUGAGGCAGACGCGGAAGCUCUACGGAAGGAGCUCAGUGAAGACCGGUGGGUUCUCGUUUUCCGCAAUGCUGGUAUGCAGGCGCGGAAAAUGUUCCUCUCCGUUGAACGGAGUAUUUCGAAGUUGCAAGAAGGCCUUGAAAUAGGCGCUCAUCUGCAUAACCCAGCGGGGCUAGCGAAGCGAGUCGAGAGUUACGAGGCGAAAAAGCAACAUUACAUCCCUGCGAUUGAGCGAGUGAUCUCCCUCAUCGAAAAGGGUGUGAAAGAUCAACUAACUGUGAACGGCGAGACCGUGAAUCUCCUGUCGGACAUGGCAUCGAGGAUGGAUGCGUUGAAGAGGAGCGUGGAGGUGAUGGAUUCAUCGUUAACGGAAUACAACGUGGCCCCGGGCCAGCACUUGCGCGACUCCAUAUCGACCAUUGUCACGAUGGACAGUCCAGCUACAGGCAGCGUUAUUGGCACCCCCGGCAGCUCCCCACCUUCGUCUGUUGUCAUGACCCCGGCCAACGGCAAAGGCUCGGCUGCCUCUCUAGGAAGUUCUAGCAGACGGGGCAGUUCGGUCGGCUCAGUUGCCCGCACCACGUUGUCCAAGGUUCGACGGUACUCCGGGAUACCUCAAGCCACGGCUACGCUGACUAGCAAGAAAUCGUCGCUUCCGAAACCUACACACACUGCCCAAACGCCCUCCAAGCCAAGUGGCUUAUAUACACCGACCCCAGCUGCAAAGAAGGUGCCACGUCCUCCGCCUCCACCUCCCACAGACAACCGCCCGCGUUGGAGCUCUAAUGUGAACACCAACGAUCUUGAUGUUGGCCAUAUCUACAGAUCGGCCACACCAUCCCGUAAGACCUCAGCUCAAAGCCGCACUCCUCGUCCGUUGUCAACCAUGUCUCGUCGGGAUCUUUCUCCUGCUCCAUCGACAGCACGGUCCUCCAGUCGAGUCUCCAGCCGGCUUGCCUCCCGCAGCCCCAACCGCACAGGUUCUCCCACACCUAAUCGUUCCCUCCUCGAUCCCCCGCCGUACAGCAAGCUUCGCCGGCCACCAGGGAUGGAAGCCAUCAAUAAUACCCCUCGAAAUCGGCAAAGCUUUGCCGGGAUGUCGUUUAGUCGCAGUAUCUCCCAUGACUAUAGCCGCGGCCUACUCAGUCCCACCAAGGCCGACCGCCCGGGCACCGCUCUGGGGCACUCGAGCAGUCGUCGUAUCAGCUUGCUUCCUUUGCCGAAAAAUAAGACAGGCCGGGAUAGCAGUGCGGGCACUCGCAGCAAGCUCAGUGAACGUCCACCGUGGCGGUAACCUGCCUCGGAUCUCCCUGCAGUUCGACCCUUGAAGAAAUCAU